AUGGCGUGGGACUGCGGUCUGGCGUGCGUCCUCAUGGUCCUGCUGUACCAAGGGCGCUCUGGCUACACGCUGGAUAUCUUGCGCUCCAUGUGUCCGACCACCUCGGUCUGGACGAUCGACUUGGCGCACCUUCUUCACAGGGCCGGCGUGCGUUCCAGCCUGCUCACGACCACCUUGGGAGCGAACCCCGACUACGCAAGGGAGUCGUUCUACCGCGGGACUCUCGCGGAGGACGGCAGGAGGGUCAACGACCUGUUUAUGAAAUGCUCCGAGUGCCGCCGGUCCGCCGUCCAGCGGAGCUUGUCGUCCGACGACCUCAAGAGCCUCGUCCUCGCUGGCGAGCACCUCGUCAUCGUGCUGGUCGACAACACCGUGCUGCGCCGCGGGCGGUCGGCGGCCGGUGCGCACAGCGACAUGGGGACGGCACCCAGCCAGCUUGAACGGGCGCGCUCCCCUCGACGCGACGUGGGGAUCGGGGUCGCGGACGCCGGAGAAGCCUCGGCGGGAGGGACGCCGUCCAGGCGGUCGCUGGCGCGGCACAAACGAGCGGCGGGCCCGUGCGAGCUGCCUACGGGCAACGGCGCAACGGUGGCGGAGACGGCGGCGACGGGCGAGACGGGCUCCACGGACAGCGCGGACGGCUCGAUCACCGAAGCGGGCUGCUCGAAGGCCCGCAGCACGGCGCCGCGGGGCCGGGUGACGCGGAGCUCACAGCGCGCAACGGCGUGUGGCACGGACCAGGAAUACACGGGGCACUUCCUGGUCAUCAUAGGGUACGACGCGCGACGGGAAGUGUUCAUUGUGCGCGACCCGGCUGCCAGCACGCCGGAGCUGUCGCUGCACCCGGAGGACCUGCACAGGGCCCGCACCGCGUACGGCACGGACGAGGACCUGCUGCUCGUCCCGCUCGCAGACCUGAUGGCGCACAACGAGACGUCGUUGCAGUAG